UCUCCGACAUUCCUGGCUCGUGGCACCAAAAAUUUGUUGGGAAAUAGUUUUUCUCUUGAACUCCUUUCUCGGCGAUACAGAUUUGUUCGGGAGUGGAUAGAAGAAUAUCGUAGUUUGUUGUCCAAUGGUGGCGGAUAUGCGAAGAUAUCGUUGGUUGUGGAAAAUCCGGACUAUAAAUACUUCUGGCCUCAGUUUCGUGCUAUACCGGAUAGCUCAUUGAUAUCAUCCAAUGUUUUGAAAAAUUUUGCGCAAACCUACAUGAACGCCUUAAAAAAAUCAUUGAAAAAAAUGAUAAAGCCAUUGGUGGAAAAUGUACGCAGAGCGUUAGGACGACAAGAUGAAAAUGCAGAACGAGCAUGGGAGACGCUAUUUCAAACAAUUGCAAUUAUUAUUGAGCACUGUAAGAAGUCUCUGACAUAG